AUGCAGCGGCGGCGUUACACUACGGCGGCGGCGUUAAAACUACGACAGCGGGUCGAUCGUACCGGCUCGUUUGACCUGGCUUUUAGGCCAUAUCCGAGCACGGUAGAUGAAAACAACGAACGGACUUACAGCGGACUUACAACGGCGGCGGCGUUAAACUGCGGUGGCGGCGGGUUGAUCGUACCGACUCGUUUGACCUGGCUUUUUAGGCCAUAUCCGAGCACUGUAGAUGAAAACAAAAACGAACGGAACGGUAACGACGACGAUAUUCUUAUUCAACUGUUUGACCUGGGUUUUACUCCAUAUCCAGUUGGUAAGAAUACCGUAGUAUAUCGAGUGGGUGUGAGUAUGAGUAUGCUGUUCACGGGGCCUAUUUACCGACUACCUCAGUUACCACCGUGA